AUCGGACCAGAUCCCAGGGAAUCAGUUUCCGAUUUAAUUUAAACCGUUUGGUUCAUUUUUGUGAAAAAUCGGUUCGGAGUCAUGGUGGCCAGUAGAAUCAGGGUAACCAACUAAAAACCAUGAUUCAUCCGGAUUAACCUCAAUAGGUUAAUCCAGAAUCGAGUCACGGUUCCGGAGGUUCGUAUAAAAGCGAUGGAUUCAAGUUGAAUCCAUUUCCACAUCAUCCUGCGAUUCUGCCGAUGAAGUCCGACCGAGGUUCAGCGACGGUGAAGCAACAGCUCGCAUCUGAGAAGAACACCUAAAACCGAGUUGAUUGAAGGUUGUAACUUCAUAUCUAGGGUUUACCCUAUUUCCAAAUCAGACGAUCGACUCCAAGGUUUGAAGAACUAGAAUCGAAGCUUGAUUUAAGUUUUGAUGUGAUGGAACCAACAGGAGAUUCUAAUAGUAGGUCACGGGACAUUGCUUCAUGGCCUAGCGCCGUUUCUCAUUACAUGUUGGAGUGUGUAUUGAAGCAGUACAAGAGUGGUAAGGGUGGAGAUAAUGGACUGAAAAAGGAGCAGUUCAUUGCAAUUGCCAACCAACUGAAGGAGAAAUUUUUUACUAGUUACGACUGUGAACAAGUGAGAAACCACUUUCGGAUUUGGAAGCAAAGGCUUAGAGCAUUGAGUGACCUACAGAAGCAAAGUGGAUUGGGUUGGAAUGCAUCUGAUAUGAGAUUUGAUGCUCCUCAACACUUCUGGAAUGAUUAUAGGAAAAAAGAACAAAAGUAUUGGAAGGAACAUAGUGUGCUCCCAAUUCACCUUGAAGUUGGAGCCUUGCUAAGGAAAGAGAUGGCAACUGGGAAUGAUUCAACAGUCCCCUCUGAAGCUGCCACUGAAGUUAUGAUGGACGUGACAGGUACUCAUGUUGAGGGAAUAGGGAACAAUGAUGGUGUUGACUAUGAACAUAUUGAAGAAGAAGAAAGUGUUCCUUCCACUCCCAUUGGUAGUACCAGCCGUUCGUGAGGAAGACCUCGUGGGUCCGUCAAUAGUGGCAGAGAAAAGAGGAAGAAGGGUGUAGCUGAAAAGGUGGUAAGUCCAUUGAAACAGAUUGCUAACUCAAUCGAGAAGAUGGU